CAUCGUCGUCGACAAUACUACAAUAAGUUUCAAUACACGGUGAAUGAAUACUAUGUACUCUCCAACGUUUACCGUUGACGAACCUUUCCCAAUCGCCAACAACAUCAACAACCUCCUCUGCCUUGAACCUCUCUGUCAUAUUUCUUCAACUCUAAGCCUACUGCUACACCAGACACCAAGAUCUAACAAGAAUGUGCAGACGCAACUACUACUGGCACACUGCGUGCGAGCACAUCAAACAAGACUACGCGAACCCAUUCACGAUGUGUGGCAAAGACCCCGGAAGCCGGUUUCGACUACCGUGUCCAGUCGCUGUCGAAGUCGUUUUGGAUUGUUCAGGUCAUUGCAGAGAUUGCAUGGAAACCUUGGAAAAGAAACUCGAAGUUUGGAGAAUUCGGCAGCAAGCAGGUUGGGAGUGGCAGCCGAAAAGGCCAGUCGCCUAGGGACCUCAAAGCUGGGCAGAUAUAAGGUGAUCUCUGGGCAGUACGUGGGAAGGUUGAGUGGACAGGCUGGAAAUGAGGUCCGUGGGACUACGAUAUGCUGGACUCGAAGUUGACACGCCUGAAUAUGCUCACGAAAUUCCUACAAGACAGUACCACAGCCAGGCGAGAGAA